CUGACAUAAACAUGAGGAGGAUGUCCCAUUUCAUCUCCCUAUCUGUAUCCUAUACGAGUAUCUGCUAAAUUAGCUGCGAUCACCCAAAGUUCUUGCUCUUCUUCGAAUUCCGCCUCGUAUUCUUAGCUCGAUUAUAUACAUUUUGUGGCUGUUUGUAACCCUCUUUAAAACACACAGCGAACAAGCAAAUAAAACCUCAGAAAUCCAAUCAGUAGCAUGUUCUUAGCUCUAGUAAAUGUGCUUCAUCAUUUUUGGAUGCUCCAGUUGUGAUUCAGUGAACUUGUCAAGCUUUUUAUAGGCAAACUAUGCUGGAUUUGGUUGCUUACUCUCAUAUUCCUAAGGGAUAUGUUGUUACACAGACAAACACACAUCCUGCUAGAUGUCAUGCACCACAUCUUUUUCGGCUUUAUUCAAAAACAUUGUUUUGUUACAAUGGAGUUCAACAUUUAUCACCACUGUCUAUGCAUCACAAGACUUGCAGUUCUUACAUAACAAGUGAUGUACACAAAAGUAUUCCUAUAUUCAAUGUAAAAAGAUUUUACUUCUUCAAGCAUGUGCUACCACAAAGGUACAUUAUCCAAAUGUCUGCAUCACUUGAUGUUGCAAGUGCUGUUGAUGUCAUCAAUGACUUAGGGAUGGACACUUUGACAUUUUUAGCGGUGACUGUAUUGGUUGUUCCUGCAUUCAAGAUUAUCAAAGCCAGUCCUAUACUUGGCUUCUUCUUUGCCGGAGUUGUGCUCAAUCAGUUCGGCCUUAUCAGGAAUAUCACAGAUGUUAAAGUGCUAUCUGAAUGGGGGAUUCUCUUUUUGCUGUUUGAGAUGGGUUUGGAGCUUUCACUUGCACGCUUGAAAGCUUUGGCGAAGUUUGCAUUUGGGAUGGGAUUGACUCAGGUUAUAUUGUCGACUCUUGCUUUCUCUGCAUUUGAACUUCCACCUAAUGCUGCAAUUGGGACGAGGAUUAUGGAAUUUCUCUUUCACUCAAGACCUGAUCUGGUCAACAUCAGAAGUAUUGAUGAGGCGGUUGUAAUUGGUGCUGCUCUAUCAUUGUCUUCAUCAGCUUUUGUUCUGCAGAUUCUUGCAGAGAGAGGUGAGCUUCCAACCAGAUUCGGAUCUGCUACUUUAGGGAUACUUCUACUUCAGGAUAUAGCUGUUGUACCUCUGCUGGUGGUACUUCCAGUUCUCGAGAGUCAGAAUUUGGUUGAAGAAAGCAUUUGGCCAAUGCUCGCUAAAGAAAGCUUGAAGGCUUUAGGAGGACUUGGUUUACUUUCUCUGAGUGGAAAAUACAUCUUGAGGCGAGUUUUUGAGAUUGUUGCAGAAGCAAGAAGCUCAGAAGCAUUUGUUGCCCUUUGCCUUUUAACAGUUGCGGGAACAUCGCUUUUAACUCAACAAUUGGGCUUCAGUGAUACGCUUGGAGCAUUCCUGGCCGGGGCUUUAUUAGCAGAAACAAACUUCCGUACUCAGAUUGAAGCGGAUAUAAGGCCAUUUAAAGGAUUACUUCUUGGGCUAUUUUUUGUGACCACAGGGACUUCUAUUGAUAUGCAGCUUCUUUUCCGAGAAUGGCCAAAUGUUCUUUCACUCUUGGCAGGUCUAAUUGUUAUCAAGACACUUAUUAUAACAGCAAUCGGUCCCCGAGUUGGACUUACCCUACAAGAGAGCAUAAGGAUUGGGUUUCUUCUCUCUCAGGGAGGCGAAUUUGGAUUUGUGGUGUUUUCAUUAGCAAACAGGCUUGGUGUGCUGCCGCUUGAGCUGAACAAACUUCUCAUAAUUGUUGUUGUGCUGUCCAUGGCUUUGACCCCUUUGCUCAACGAAAUUGGAAGAAAUGCGGCUAAUCUUAUUGAUGAGACCUUUGAUGAUGAUGAUGAUAAACCAGGUCAAGAAGUUGACUUCAAUGGUAGUGAACCGGUUGUUAUUGUUGGAUUUGGGCAAAUGGGUCAGGUCCUUGCCAACUUGUUAUCUGCUCCCCUAGCUUCAGGUUUAGACAGAGACGGUGUGGGGUGCCCUUAUGUUGUUUUUGAUCUAGACCCUUCUGUGGUGAAGGCUUCAAGAAAUCUUGGGUUUCCUGUUCUUUAUGGUGAUGGCUCCCGUCCAUCAGUUCUCAGAUCUGCUGGUAUAUCAUCUCCUAAAGCUGUAAUGGUCAUGUAUGCUGAGAAAGAAAAGACCAUUGAGGCUGUUGAAAGGAUCCGGCUUGCUUUCCCCGCGAUUCCAAUAUAUGCACGAGCUCAGGACGUGAAGCAUUUAUUAAAUCUGAAGAAAGCAGGUGCAACAGAUGCUAUCCUUGAAAGCACAGAGUCGAGUUUACAGCUUGGCUCCAAAUUGUUGAAAGGGUUUGGUGUAAUGUCUGACGAUGUGACUUUCCUGAGCCAACUGGUCCGAGAUUCUAUGGAGUUGCAAGCCCAAGAAGGACUUGGUAAAAUUGAUGAUCAAAAUCAAAUUAUGAAGCCAUUGCAGGUACGAGUAGGGGAGCUAUUAAUGGCCAGAGAACCAACUGAAUCUAAAGGCGAAGUAUGGAGAACAGAAGAGCAGACGGUUAAAAGCUUUGCCUUCUCAAGUUCUGAACAGUUGACUCGUGACCCUGAAAACCAUUUAGAAGGUCAUCUUGAAGAAGAAGAAGAAGAAGAAGAAGAAGAAGAAGAAGAAGAAACCAAUCAAGAGUGAUUUCUGUCAACUCAGAAAACAUCAUCAAUAUAAGCAAUGCAGAUGUAUAGUCUCCCACAGACAGCUGUAGGUAGAGAUUAGAGAUUAGAGAGUGACAUUUCGGGAUGCUAAGUUUUCAACUUAGAGAUGCUUAGCCCAAACACACAUCAUUCUUUUUUAUUUUUCUUUUUAAAAUACAACUUUGUGUAGCUAUACUGUACAUAAUACUACGUACAACUUUUUCUAUGAAUGAAUGAGAGCUGUACCUAACGCGGUAACACCUUGUGAGUU